UUAUAAUUAAUAAAAAAUGAAGACAGGAAAUAGAUGCUUAUUCUUUUUGUUUGCAGUGCUCAACUUCUUGCUGCUAAUCAUUGCUCUUGCUGUUGGAGGUAGUGGUAUUUAUCUGUGGGUAGUUACUCACACAUUUAAUAUCUUCUCCAUCUCUUUCAUCGGGGCAGGAAUAUUUAUUUUAUUGAUGGCCGUAUGCUCGUUCUGCUUACAACAUUCAACGUUCAGAUUGACGAUCUAUAACAUCAUUUUGUGAGUAAUGAGUUUGAUCAUGGCUGCUGCUCUCGUUGCUUUCCUUGUCAAAAGAGAAACUGUACUUGACUGGGCUAGCGAGCAUAUCAACGAAGAGAAGAGCUCGGAUGCCUAUGAAAAAGCAAGGCAACAUAUCGAAGAUAACCUCGAUAUCUCAAAGUACAUCCUCAUCGCCACUACCACUGUCACCGUACUAGUGACUGCAUUUGGAAUCUUCUAUAGGUGCAGUAUGAAAUCAGAUAGGGACGGAAACUACAACAGAAUUAGAUACUAAUGCAAUCUGGUGUCAAGUUUUUAAAAGAC